AUGUACGUAUCAGCAUAUGUGUUUACAGAAGAUUCUGUCUCUUUCCUCUCUUUUGACUUUCAUCUCUUUAUCAAAUUUAGUACUUCUCUAAUUAAUCUUUCUUUACUAUUCAAUUCUCUCUAUCUAUCCUUUUCUUCGUUCACGAGGCAGGCUGAUUUCUUUCUUUUCCCUUUUAAACAUCUUUUUAAAUUCUCCCUGCAUUUCUUUAAUUCGUUCCUCCUUUCUUUUAUCUACUCAAGCUCUCUUUCUUUCUUCUUUCUUUCUUUCUUUCUUCUUUCUUUAAUUUGUUUAAUGUUUCUUUCUUUCUUUUAUCUGUUUCACCUUUCUUUAUUUAAUUUAUUCAACCUUCCUUUCUUUCUUUUACUUAUUCAACCUGUCAUUCUUUUUUCUUUCUUUCACCUAUUUAAUCUUUUUCUUUCUUUCUUCAUUUUCCAGCAUUUCUUUCUUUCUUUCUUUCUUUCUUUCUUUCUUUCUUCAUUUUCCAGCAUUUCUUUCUUUCUUUCUUCAUUUUCCAGCAUUUUUCUUUCUUUCUUUCUUUCUUUCUUUCUUUCUUUCUUUCUUUCUUUCUUCAUUUUCCAGCAUUUCUUUCUUUCUUUCUUCAUUUUCCAGCAUUUCUUUCUUUCUUUCUUUCUUUCUUUCUUUCUUUCUUCAUUUUCCAGCAUUUCUUUCUUUCUUUCUUUCUUUCUUUCUUUCUUUCUUUCUUUCUUCAUUUUCCAGCAUUUCUUUCUUUCUCUCUUUCUUUCUUUCUUUCUUUCUUUCUUUCUUUCUUUCUUUCUUUCUUUCUUUUCCAGCAUUUCUGUUUUUAAUUUUCUUUUUGUUCUUUCUCCAAUUGAUUUUCUUUGCUUAUCUCACCACAGCUCUUUACUUCACUCUUCAUCUCUCUCUAUCACCCUGAUUUUCCUUCUCAGCAUUUUCCUUCCCUGUGUUCUUUCCUCCUCCCCCACUUACUCCAGUUGCCCACCUUUUAAAACUUCUUCUUGGGAACCUUUCUCACCUUUCUCUUUCUCAUUACUCUUUCCUUUCUCAUCACUCCUCUCUCUUCUCCUUCCACUCUCACAUUCUCUCUUUGAAGAGGAUGACAUAGACAAUGGUCUUCCCAUAUUUUUCCACUUCUUAUUCGUUUCUCCUUCAUUCCAUACCUACCUACCUACCUACCUGCUUACCUAUCAGAGCAAAACGUGCUCCAUUGCAUCCUCGUCUUUUGUGCUUCCUCUCAGACUAUCUCAGCCCUACCCUUUCAUCCUCUGCCUCGUCGCCUCACUUCGUCUUUCAUUCCCCACCAACCUUUUAUUUUACCUCACUUUUCACAUUUUCUCCAAGAAAUAA